AUGCAGUUGAAACAACUCUGCAUAAUUUUACCAGCUGAUUUGGAUGAAAUAGAUGAUAAUGAUGCCAAAAAAAGUAACCCCACCAAGGAAUAUGAGGUCAAUAACCAAUCCCACCGUAGUUGUGGGAGUCAUGUUGUUGAUUUGAUAAGAAAUUAUGUUUCUGAAAUCUUUGAUAAUAUCAGAAGAAGAAGAAUAAGAAGAAAAGAAGAACAAUCUGGGGUGUUGUUUUUUCAUGACACUGAUGGAAUGCAAUUGACAGAUAAAGAAGUUGGUGGUGAAAAUCCAAGAAUCUUUAGCUAUUCAGAGCUUUAUAUAGGCUCAAAUGGCUUUAGUGAGAAGGAAAUUCUUGGUAGUGGAGGUUUUGGUAAGGUUUAUAAGGCAAUUCUUCCAAGUGAUGGAACUUUAGUUGCAGUGAAAUGUUUAGCUGAGAAAGGUGAGAAGUUUGAGAAGACUUUUGUUGCUGAACUUGUUGCUGUUGCUCAUUUAAGACAUAGAAAUCUUGUGAGGUUAAGAGGUUGGUGUGUUCAUGAAGAUCAGCUUUUACUGGUUUAUGAUUAUAUGCCUAAUAGAAGUCUUGAUAGAGUACUCUUCAAGAGACCAGAAAAUGUGGGGUUAGUUCCUUUGAGUUGGGAUCAGAGGAGGAAGAUUGUUAAUGGUUUAGCUGCUGCUCUAUACUAUCUUCAUGAACAACUUGAAUCUCAGAUCAUUCAUAGAGAUGUUAAAACAAGUAAUGUUAUGCUUGAUUCUCAUUAUAAUGCUAGGCUUGGCGAUUUCGGUUUGGCUAGAUGGUUAGAACAUGAGCUUGAUGAGUAUCAACAGCAGCAACCAAAGAUUAAAGAUAACCAAUUUAGACUUGCUGAGACUACUCGAAUUGGCGGUACAAUAGGCUACUUACCACCCGAAAGCUUUCAAAGGCGAAGCGUUGCAACGGCUAAAUCAGAUGUUUUUAGCUUUGGGAUUGUGGUAUUGGAGGUUGUUUCGGGUAGGAGAGCUGUUGAUCUUACUUAUGAUGAUGAUCAGAUCAUAUUGCUCGAUUGGUUUCGCAGACUUUCUGAUGAGAAAAGAGUUUUACAAGGAGGGGAUACUCGGCUUCAAGAUGGGUCUUUUAGUCUUUCUGAUAUGGAACGUUUGAUCCAUGUUGGUUUGCUCUGUACAUUGCAUAAUCCAUCAUCAAGGCCUAACAUGAAAUGGGUUUUGGAAGAGAUUUCGGGUAAUAUGGUUGGAAAGUUACCACCUUUACCUUCUUUUCAGUCUCACCCUCCAUACAUUUCUUUGUCAUCAACCACAAAUACAAGCUCAAGCAAUGGAAACUCAACAACAAGAUCAAUCACAAUCACAACAACAAAUAGUACAACAGCUAUGUCUAUGUCAUCAUCAUCAUCAAACUAUGUAACAGCCUCAGGUGAAACAAUCUAUGCAACAGCAGAAGAUGGAUUAAGCCAUACAACAAGUACUACAACAAAAACAAACACUUCUCUUGGAUUUGGUCAUGGGAAAGUUUUUCCCAUGGUUCAAACUCCAAGAGAAAUAUCUUAUGCUGAGAUCAUAUCUGCAACAAAUAACUUCUCAGAAUCGAAAAGGGUAGCAGAAUUGGAUUUCGGAACUGCUUACCAAGGCUUCCUCAACAACUCUCAUCAUGUUCUUGUGAAAAGACUAGGCAUGAAGACAUGUCCUGCUCUUAGGAUAAGAUUCUCAAAUGAAUUGCAGAACUUGGGAAGGUUGCGCCAUAGGAAUCUGGUGCAGCUGCGCGGAUGGUGUACUGAACAAGGCGAAAUGCUCGUUGUUUAUGAUUACUCGGCGAAUAGGCUUUUGAGUCACUUGCUUUUCCAUCAUGGCCAUCAUCAUCAUCAUCAUCUGCAGUGGAAUCAUAGAUACAACAUCAUCAAAUCACUUGCUUCGGCGAUUCAUUAUCUUCAUGAGGAAUGGGAAGAACAAGUUAUUCAUAGAAACAUUACCUCUUCUGCUGUUAUACUUGAUCCAGACAUGAAUCCAAGGCUCACUGCUUUUGCUCUUGCUGAAUUUUUGACACGAAACGAGCAUGGCCAUCAUGUUGUUACUGACUCGAAGAAAUCAGUUCGUGGAAUAUUCGGUUACAUGUCACCAGAGUCUAUAGAAUCAGGUGAAGCAACUACAAUGGCUGAUGUUUACAGCUUUGGAGUUGUGAUGCUUGAAGUGGUUAGUGGACAAAUGGCUGUGGAUUUUCGUCGGCCUGAGGUGCUUCUGGUGCAGAAAGUACGCGAAUUUAUAGCUCGACAAAGACCAUUAGAGGAACUGGCUGAUUUUACUAUGAAUGGAGAGUACAAUUACAAAGAACUGAUGAGAUUGAUCAAAUUAGGAAUUGAAUGCACAGAUUCAAAUCCUCAAUCAAGACCGAGCAUGAGACAGAUCGUUCAAAUACUCGAUGGCAAUGAUAAAAGCUUCAUGGAACAGUGGCAAAAGAAGGACAGCAUUGAGGAAUGGAAACACAUGAAUGCUCCAUCUUUGUUGUUAAUUAAGGGAAUACAAGCUCUAGGAAUUCAAUGAAGUAUAAAAUCAUGUACAGUAAUGGUUUUUGAGUUGUGUUUUUCUUUGCAACUUUCAGUAAACACUUGUGAGCUAGAUGUAUUUAAGAGAAUUAUGUCUUCAAAAUCUUAUCUUUUCUGAGAA